AUGCCAUCUACCCUGCUUGGUGCCUGAGGCUCCUGCAUCCCAGCUCAUCCAGGAAGCACAGGUGGACUCAUUUCCCGGAGGCAGACCAGCCAGGAGUGCUGAAUGCAAAUUCAGUCACGGGCUAGGGAGCACUAAGCAAAGCCUGCAGGAUGGACUUUGUCAUGAAGCAAGCCCUUGGAGGGGCCACCAAGGACAUGGGGAAGAUGCUGGGAGGGGAGGAGGAGAAGGACCCUGACGCCCAGAAGAAGGAGGAAGAGCGACAGGAGGCCCUGAGGCAGCAGGAGGAAGAGCGCAAGGCCAAGCAUGCACGCAUGGAAGCCGAGCGUGAGAAGGUCCGGCAGCAGAUCCGAGACAAGUAUGGGCUGAAGAAGAAAGAAGAGAAGGAGGCAGAGGAGAAGGCAGCCCUGGAGCAGCCCUGUGAGGGAAGCCUGACCCGACCCAAGAAGGCCAUCCCUGCAGGAUGUGGGGAUGAGGAGGAGGAGGAAGAGGAGAGCAUCCUGGACACGGUGCUCAAAUACCUGCCUGGGCCACUGCAGGACAUGUUUAAGAAGUAA